CACACCACUCGCCCAGCUCGUGUGUGCCUUGAGGACGAUCGUUUUGGGAGCCUCCGUGGAUAGUAUGAGGAUCGCUGUUGCUGCUCUCGGGCUAGGCCUAGCUUCAAUUAUCCCAGGUACAGUUGAUGGAUUCGUUGUUCCUGCUGGGAGAGUCGUCGAUGCGGCCCCCUCCUCGAGAAGCGAUUCUCUACACCGCGCCGGAGUCGUGGGGGACCGGAGCCGGUUGGGCCUUAACGGUUUGAGCGGAGGGAACCCGGUCUCGACCCUCAGCCGCGACGGCGGGGCUCGUCAAACUUCCACCGCUGGUGUCACGACAACGGCGUUGCGUGCAAGGGCGGGGCGCGGAGCAGAAGAAGGAGAACAGGAGGACGGGCCAUCUUCCGCUGCUGCGAUGAGCGGGAUCGGGAGCGUCGGGAGCAACGUCCUGCUUCUCGUAGCAUCGGUGAUGGUGGUGAAGGGUCUUCUCCUGCCCGAGAAUGUUCGGCACCUGGGCUUUUGUCCGACCGAGGACCCUAUUAGGGGAAGGGACACCCUGCCGUGGAGGAUGAUGAUUGAGUCCGGCAGAGAGUGCGGCACCAUCCCGGAGGUGAUGACCAAGUACGUCACUGCCCCGCUCGCGUUCCCGGGAACGCCUGAGUGGGGCAUGAUGCUCAACACCAAGGAAGACCUUGCCAAGGACGCCUGGCUGCAAUGACAGUAUGAUGCCAGCCAGGGUGUGCUCCGUUGUUCUGCCUUCUUCACUUGCCCCGUCAGCGCACGCCUGCAGGAUGGAGACGCCUCAGUUGAUGUCAAACGCGAGUAUUCUGUCGUGCAAGCUAUUGCCAUCAUGGAUCGUCCCUGUCGGGGAAAUGACUUCGUCGUCGAUACAGGCAACUCGAGCGUCGAAACACCUCCGAGACCGUCAGUGGUUGAGUUUUGUACGCCGAUGAUGUUGGGCGGAGAUCAAGUGUCUACAGCAGUACCGUAGUGAAUUCCACGACGAGGUCGAGAGAGUCGUAAACAAGCGUACAGAGUAGAUUACGCUACCGCAUGCAGAACGCUUCAGAAGCCUACAGUACAGGAGUGCGCGUACCCAUCAGCGUCCACCUUCUUGUCUGUGAAACAAUCUCCAGUAUCUGCGCAAUACAGGAAUGAAUCCGCGAUGGCCAACCUCCCCUCAGCUGUCUCCCUGUGAUUUAAACGUCAAA